AUGGACCAAAUCACGCAAUCCGUCGCUGCGCUUUUUGUAAAUCAGCAGGAUUCGCAGCAACCGCUAUGUGUUGAUCCGAAUGCCCCUUCAACUGGACCUUUCAAUCCGGCAUUGAUUCGAGCGAUAGUGGUGAAACAAGCGGACGGAACGGUUUAUACGCAUAUUGAUGAAUCGCAAAAUGGCCAGGAAGUCUUCAACCAAACCAACAUCCAGUAUCCGAAUGGCCAGACGAUCACUUCAAAUGACGGCCAAACCCAGACCACCCAAUCUUUGCCCCAAACCCAAGGCCAGGGCCAAUUCCCCAAUCAAAACCAAACCUUAAACGAUCAACCUAAUACGAAUUACCCCCAAUCAAACCAGCAGUGCCAAAAUUACAACACCGGCUCGCCCUCAAACCCGAACUGCCCACCGAAUCAGCAACAAACCCAAACCCAGCCCCACAGGGCCAGAGUCAAGCCAAUUGCCCGCCCGGCCAACAAAACC